AUUUCUCCAACAUUACGAUUACGUAAAGUACGAACUCGGCAAAAAUUUAUUACGGGUCGACUCACAUGGAUUUUGGCUAUUAUUGGUUGUUUAUUUUUUAUUCCGCUAGCAGUUGUGCCGUUUGUUGUACAUUCAUGCAAGGACGUACUUCAUUAUUGUCCAAACUGCAAUACGUUAUUAUCAAUUAGAAUUCGAUUUUGA